AAAGUGUGUCGAGAAAAAGUUUCUGCUUACAAAAUCGAACGUAUGUCCUAUUUCUGGUUGCGAUAAAUCUGUCGAGCCUGUGGUGUAUGUGCGCGAUUUAUCCGAACUAUCUGAAGAAUCCCAAUCAACCACGUCGUCGCCACGUAGGAAGAUGAUUAAUCAACUACGAAUUAAUUCAGAUAUAAUUCAAGAGGAAGACCAGGAAAUGGAAAAUAUUUCGCAAAGCAAUUCCGGGAUUUGUUCCAGGUGUUCUGAAGAGAUAUCCCCAGAAAUUUCGAAGCCAAUCGUAUUACUAUCGUGUAGCCAUGUUGUGCAUUUUGCGUGUAUUGACGAUAAGCGGCGGUUAUGUCCUGAAUGUCCAUCUAUCAACGAACUGGAAAAAGAAGGGUAUUACGUUUCACCUAUUACGGCAGACAGCGAGGCGCUCAAGAAAACGCCCAAGAAAAAAAGGAAGAGACAAGAAGAUAAUACGCACACAAACAGACCUAAUAGGGACACAAAAACGAAAGCAAUAAUUCGAGAGUUAUCUAUUGCUUCAGCCGGUAGUGGAACGCCAAUUAACGCUCCGUCUGAAAAUAGCAAUAUGGAUGAAGUGUCUAAUCAAUUCCAUAAAUUGUAUUUCAAUGUCGACGUUGCUGAAAGGAAGGGAGAUCGAGGAAAUCAAGGGGUAAUUCAGUGUUACUUUUGGUUUGGAAAAGCUCUAUCGGAUCGACUUGCUGUAUUGUUGAAGAGCAACCCUCCGCAGACAGCGCAUACAAAGCUAAAUAAAGAAGUUAAGGAAAAACUUCCGAAGAUUACUAAAGACACUAUGGUGCGUAAAAGGACGGACACGGCUAGAAAAAUUUACGAUAUAUUCAGCAAAAUAGGUGAAGAUAAAAUUAAGCGGAUCAAAUCUUUUACUGCAUCUAGUUUUUCAGAUUUAACCAGAGAUGAG